CGUCACUUCGCAUUUCACUUGAGGCUGCUUGAUAAGAAGUAUAUUUAGUGUUAAGAAGUGUCUCCAGUGCGAUAAUUUAAUGCAUGUUUAAGAAAAGACGUCCUGAUCAAGUUCACAAUUGUACUCUUGCGAAUAUAUCAAUGACAUCUUUAACAGUAACCUGCACGGAUGGUUUCAAUGGAGGUCUUCCUCAGCUUUUUAUCUUGGAAUUGGUUGAUACUCAAACAAAUGAGAUCAAAGCUAACAUCACCUCAACUAUACCGCGAUUUACUGUUUCAACAUUAUCGCCUGGUGGACUAUAUACCUUAUCUGUUUAUGCAUUUAAUUCUAAAGGCAGAUCUGAUCCAACUAUUCUAAGUGCUGCCAUGUUAAGAAUGCCUGAGAAACAGCUGACGUUUGAACCAGGUGAUAAAUCAAGAUCUGAUCUUUUAGUUUCUCCGAUGAUUUCACUAACAGUUGGAUUAACACUAGUGGUUUUAGUGGCAGGAUUGGCUGUUAUUUUAGCAUUACGAGUGCCAUGUAAUAGUUCCCGACGAAGACAAAAAGAAUUUCCUAAUGAUCAAGAUUCAAGAAAUGGAUCUCCUGGACCAAGUGAAAAGAGUGCGGGAAGUAAAGAACUGGAAAGUAAUGAUGAUGAAAAAAACCCUGAUGUAGUACCCGAAUCAAUGGAUCCUAAUGAACAAAUCGAUUACAUUAGACGUAAGCAACAAAUUUCUACAAUUGAAUCAAGCUGCAGUCCCACCAGAAAUCUUUUAACAAACACACCUCCACCUCAACAAUACGCAUCAGGUAUGACUCUUCAUUCAUCACAUAACAUGGGAUAUUGCACUCUACGAAGUGGAUUACAAACAUCUUCAGUUGUGGGAUCACUUUCAAUGAGUGUUACACCACACGUUUACUCGAGUUCCAUAGCCCAGUGCACACUUCCUCGACAUACAAACCAGCAUUUGUGGACAAACUACAAUAAUAUAUUAACAGGUGUAGGACACCUGCAGCCAAUUACAACAAUGCAUCAACAAACACUGCCAACAACAUCCAAUAUGAAUCAAAUUCCAACGCAUUCAGAGCAGCAGAAUUCUUCCACCGCUGUUAAUGCAAUCCAAGCAGCUAAUAUGUCAUCAAUGACUAGUAGGACACAUAAUUUUCAGCCAGGAAUACAACAAAUACAUCGAGCCAGAGUUUGUGUAGACAUGGGUAGCAGUGGUAUUCAUACUAUGGAGCCUGCAUGCCUGUCAGACGAAGAAGUAACAGCCCAAACUCCGCUUAUGAUGAAACGCGAAAGUACAGUAUGACUAUAGGAUUCUCACAGGGUUACCGACACAGCCCUGUGACAUCAUAUUAGACUAGGUAUUGACACUAAUUGCGAAAAUGUACACACCGAACCACCAGAUUAUGUAUAAAUUAAAACAAUCUUCAGAUAAUUAUAUUAAAUAUAACUCAGGAUUUGUUUAUGUUUACAAAGAAGAAAAUGAAGUGUCAAAUUAUAUUCAUAAUAAAGGAAUAACAACCAUUAUCAUGUAAAAUGAUUGUAAGUUUCAAGAAGUGUAGUCAAAAUUUUUAGUUUCUUAACUGUAAUGUGUAAAAGUGUAUUGAUCUAGCAGAAUCAGGGAUGGAAUCCAAAAAUAUAUACCUUGAAAUAAUCGACUUUUUUUACUCACAUUGCAUAGUAAUAAAAUUGUUUCCAAUCUUUCUGUUAGGUCAUGCUUACGGCAAUUUUGAAAGUAAUAUGUGAAAUGUGAUUAUUCAGUAAAUUUAUGAAGAAUGGAGUGGUCUAAAAUUUGGUUCCAGUUUAGUCAUUUUUACGCGAUUCAGAAUAAGACAUAAGCAAUUAUAAUAAAUUUGAAUUGAGUUAAAAUUAUUUAAUGUUACCACAGUUAUUGUCAUUUUGUUAAAACUAAUUUCUAAUUUUUAGCUGGAGACCUUACCCUAGAAGCACCCUCAGCGAUUACUAGUUUAAUGCGAUAUAGUUAUCUAGUUUUCAUGUAUCUUUCAAACAUAAUUAUUAUUACAUAUUUUUAUCAUUAUUAUUGUUAUUAUUAUUAUUAUUAUUAUUAUUCGACAUUUUCCAAAACCCGGUUUUCAAAAAGUUGAAAUUUGUCAUUUUGACAAUCUUAAGUAAACUAGCAAAACUAGCGUAUUCUAAAAUCGUUCAGUUUUUAAGUCUAUGUAGAUCUCAUAGACAAUCCAACGGCGACACGAAAUAAUUCUCAAUGAAAUAACGCCCAAUUAAUAAUUGGGUUCAUAUAGAAUUUUCAUAUGAUAAUGAACCUUAUAUUGGAGAUGGCAAAUUAUACAACGAUUCGGAAAAAGUUCUGUUUAAUGAAAAAAAUCGAUGAAAUGAAAUAAAUGAAAAAAUAUGAAAUAUAUACACACAAAACAUAUUCAAUUAAAUGCGUUCAGGUGAUUUUCGCGUCUAUCAUAUUUUCAUAGAGUGAUUCAUAUAAAAACAAAAUAUAUUUGUUAAGAAUUUUAUCAAGAAAGCUUUAUUUUACAUAAAAAUAUUUGCAUUUAAGUGAUUUUUUAAAGUGGUCCAUAUAUAGGAGCUAUGACCAAUUGUGGAUCUAAACAAACCUACGUUUGCAUUCUAUACCUUAUUUAAAGAUACAAAAUUAUGGUUUGAUACCUACAGUUAAUCACAAAAAUAAGUAUACAGAAAAAUAAGUAUACAGAAAUGAUUUAAGGUGAAGUUAAAUAAGUGCAAAAAUUACGUCACUAAAGUAAGUAUACAGAUCAUUUCAAUAUAUAUUUGGUUUAAUUAUAUUAACAAAAUUUAUGAAAAUUUUAUGUGUUCGAAUAUAAUUACUUUAUAAUGAAAAUAUUUUUUACACAAUAACUGGAAAAAAUACGAAAUCUUGAAAUUUGGGCCGAUUGGCUUCGGAAAUAAAUAGUAAAACAGUUUUUCUCACUUCUACGAAAUUUUUUAUUAUUGAAUACCGGAUCCAAAACUCCGGGGGUUUAAGUAGCAAAAUGGCCUUAAAUGAAAAUAAUGCUAGUAUAAUUAAUAUUUGGGUCAAUUACCAAAAAUUUAAAUUUAUCAGAACUAAAAGUGAAUUUUUUUGGAAGUUAUUGUUAAAAUAUAUAUUUUUUAUACAGGAAUUAUAAUCAAACAGAUUAAAUUUUCCUAAAUUUUGUUACUUAAUAUCAUUAAACCAAAUAUAUAUUAAAAUGAUUUCUAUACUUACUUUUGUGUCGUAGAACCUUAACAAACAAAAAUACUUUUGCUUCCUUUAAUGUUAUAAAUCAAACGUCAAAUCUAUUUUAAACGUUCUGCCCCUUAUAAAAUUAUAUUAUUUUCUAUUUAAUUGCAUUUAUUUUUCUGAUUUUAUUUUUUAUAUGUCUUUAACUAUUUUUGACCACAGACUGAACCGAGUAAUAACACAAUUAUAAAUCUUAUAAUGAUAAACAUUAUAUUUUUUGUAAAAUUUCUCAAAACUAAAAAAAUCUUAUAUUUAAAUUAAGUUGUGUUUUGUUACUAACGAUCGAAGGAAAUUUCAUAUAAAUUUAAAAGUUAUAAACGUUAGGAGUUAACGUGUAAAAUUAUAGAAGUUAAUUUUAACGUUAAUAAAAGUGUUACCAAUUCAAAAAUAAAAAUACAAAUAUGAAUGUUUUUAUGUCAAAUAAUAAAAAAUAUUUCAUAAUAAAAGUUAAAUUGAAGAAAAUUACAAAAUAAAAAAACUUUUUAAGGAAUAUUAAAUAAUUUCAAGAUUAAGCUGAUUUUUUCUGUGGGGUAAUGCCUAGACAGGUAAUGUUCGCUUAGGGAAAACUUUAUUGAAAUUGUAGUGAUUUAUUCAAUUUCGUAGUUUUAAAAAUAAAAUGUUUUCGCAAUUAUUAGAUAAAUAAUAAAAAUUCAAUUAAGAUGAGAAACAUAAUGACCUCAACUAUCUGAAUGUAGACUUUAAAAAUCAAUUAGUUUGUUUAAAAAUUUGUAAAAUGUCAUUUUUUCGAAACAACUUUUUCGGCUAUGCUAUUCUUGUAUUGCGAUAUAUUAUGACUCCUUAAGGCCCAACUAUUAUGUACAUAAGUGCAUUUAAACAAUUUAGCUCCAUUUGCAUAUUUAUGUGACACACGUGAAUAAAAUACAUAUUUCAUAAUAUUUUAUGAAAAUAAAUUAAUUUCCUUUUUAUACCCACCAUCAAUAAAGAUGGGGUGUAUAUUGAUUUUGUCAUUCCGUGUGUUACACAUCAAAAUAUUGCU